AUGUCUUUGUCAAAACCGUCAAAGCCAAGGGAUGUGGCAGACCCGUGGAGACGAGGCGCUCAGAGGGUGGACGGCGACGACUGCGCGCUUGUACAGAAAAUCGGAGAGAUGUACUACAACUGCGCGACCUAUUACAUUGCGGAUGAUCUCACAUCAUCUUCUUGCCGUCAGCCUUGCAUCAACAACCCAGAUCGUCCGGCCCAGUGCAUCGCCAGCCAAACCAAGACAUGCUGUAGCGACAGUGACCAGUGUUCACGUCACAACUGCUGUACAUAG